CUGAUACGCAGUGCCCAACCCGCACGUCGUCCCAAGCGCACAGCGCACAACGCCAUGUAGCAUCAAAAAUGAUGGUGCCGGCCAGCUCUCUCCCCACAUCACCAUGGACAACCCUGUCGCCGCCAACAUCCUCGGCACCGCCGGCGCCGUAUGCUGGUCUGUCCAGCUCAUCCCCCAGAUCAUCACAAACCACCGCCGCCACCACGCCGAUGGCGUCCAGCCCACCAUGAUGCUCCUCUGGGCCCUCGCCGGCCUGCCCCUCGGCGUCUACAACAUUGCCCAGGGCUUCAACGUCGCCCUCCAGGUCCAGCCCCAGCUGCUCACCUUUCUCAGCCUGGUCACCUGGGCGCAGUGCAAGUACUACGGGCCUGCCGCCGGCUCUCAGAAACGAGAUGAGGAAGAGGAGCAGGAGGUGGAGGCUGCUACUGACUCUGCUACUGCUGCUGGUUCUGCCCAUGUUCAUGGUCACAGUCGUGGCAACGUUGAUGAUGACCGUGCUGCUGAUGAUGUUGUCACCAGCCCUAACGUGGUCCGCCCACAUUCACCCAUCCCUUCCACCACCACCGCCAAUAUACCACCACGAACACCAGUCACCUCCCAUUCCCAGUCCACACCAGAAACGACGUCCCCCGAGAGCCACCGGCGCUGGCCGCUAUGCCCACACAUCCUCCUCGUAACCUCUGCCAUCGCCCUCGCCCUCGGCGGGAUACAGGCGGGCCUCGUCUUUGCUCUAAGGCACUACACCACCACCACCACCACCAGCAAUACCACCACCACAACAACCACAAAAGCCCCCCUGACGGCAUGGCCGUACACCCUCAUGGCCAUCCUCUCGGCCCUGCUCCUCAGCGCCGGCGUCCUCCGCCACUACUGGGACAUCUACACGACCCGCACCGUGCGCGGGAUAUCCUUCCUGUUCGUCGCCAUCGACGCCCUGGGCGACCUGACCUCCCUGCUCUCGCUCUUCUUCGAGGUCCGCCGCGGCACCCGGGACGCCGAAGCCCAGGGCCAGGGCACAAGCGAGGGCGUGGAUGUGCUCGGCAUCGUCAUCUACGGGUCCGAGCUCGUCCUUUGGAUCGGGGUCAUGGCUUGUGGCGUCGUCUUCAAUUUGAGGCCCUGGCUGCUGAGGCGCAAGAGGCGCGGACGAAGAAGGAGAGGAGAGGGCAACGCAGACAAAAGCUGAGGGAGAUAUUUGGUCAAAGCCGGCCGGGGUCGGGAUGCUUAUGCCACUCAUAAUCACUAAACAUCGAGAACUGCGGUGCGCCACACUUGUAUGCACUUCGGGGAGCACAUCAGUACCAUCAUCAUUGCUC